UUAAUAUCCCAAUAAUGAACUUUCCGAUCAUGUAUAUAGACCUUUCCGUGGAAAAUGGCCCUUUCUGGUAUUUAGUCACGGCGCGAUGAAACGAAAAUGGAAACUGACGGUACAAGUAAUAGAUCUGAUAGACUUUCAGCUGAAGAAGAGACCCUUUGCCAACACCUGGAGCAGAUAUUCCCCAAUCAUGAGCAAUUGGUAAUUAGACAGACUGUGUUGACUGUCAGCAAACUUACUAACCCCAUAGAGGGCAGAUUGGAGAGAUGUAUAGAAGAACUAGUGAACAUUUCUCCUGCUGGUCACAAAAAGAGCAUGAGCAUGCAAAAGGAUGGUGAAGUACUCUCCCCUAUUCAGAGUGAUGUGAUCAGUGAUCUUAAACAAAUAUUCCCGAACUACAAUGUGAAAUUAAUCAAGAAAGCAGUGUGUCAUCCCGGUAAUCUCUUUGAACCUCUUGCGAAGCCAACACUUCUCCAGCGUUGUAUUGAUGACUUGUUAGAUAGGAGAACAGCAUUAGAAGCAGAUACUGAUGCUGACCUUGACUAUGAAGAUAUCUUUGAAGAUGACAACAAUGUUGGAACAGGUCUUGAUUUAGAAAAUACUACACCCAGAAUUGCUGUGCUGACUGAAGGAAACCAUAACACUUUUAAUGAUGAGGUGUCUGUUACUAAGGUUGAGGAACCAAAAGAUUUAAUUAUUACUGGAACUGAAGAAGCAAAGGACAUCGUUGUAUCUGAUGAGGAUGAGUUACCAUCUGCAGUACAAAGUAAUGGAGACCUCAUUAACAGUACAGUCUCAGUACCUUAAUGAGAAUAGCCCCAACAGGAACAGAAACCACACUGCUCCUGUAGUAAAGCCAAAACUAAGUACAGGAUUA